AUGUUUUCUCAAGCUUUGAGGCCGACGACCCUCUUGCCCAAGGCAACCAAGACCUUGUCGAACACUUCGAAGGCCUUGCGAGCUCGACCUCUGGCAACGGUCUCGAACAAUACCCCCCGAGAGCAGCAACUGCCUCUACACAAGAAAUAUCGACACACUACUCCCUCCUUCGAGCCGGCCACAUUCACUAUUCGGAAUGGUCCCAUAUUUCAAGGCACUUCUUUCGGUGCGCGAAGCAAUAUUUCAGGAGAGGCUGUCUUCACAACAUCCCUGGUUGGCUAUCCUGAGUCACUCACCGACCCCUCCUACCGGGGCCAGAUUCUGGUCUUUACUCAACCUCUCAUCGGUAACUACGGUGUCCCGUCGAAUGUUCGAGACGAAUAUGGCCUCUUCAAAUAUUUUGAAAGCCCUCAUAUCCAGGCUGUGGGUGUGGUAGUGGCGGAUGUUGCAGCAAGAUACUCUCAUUGGACUGCGGUCGAAAGCCUGAGCGAGUGGUGUGCUAGGGAAGGUGUCCCAGCUAUCACCGGGGUCGACACCCGCGCUAUCGUUACCUACCUGCGAGAAGAAGGCUCCAGUCUUGCCCGAAUAACCAUUGGAGAAGAAUACGACCAGGAUCAGGAUGAGGCGUUCGUUGAUCCGGAGCAAAUCAAUCUUGUCCGCAAAGUCAGCACCAAGGCGCCAUUUCAUGUCAGCGCUCCUUCUCCAACUGCCCACGUUGCUGUCAUCGACUGCGGUGUCAAGGAGAAUAUCCUCCGUAGUCUGGUCAGUCGAGGUGCCAGCGUCACCGCCUUUCCUUUCGACUAUCCCAUUCACAAGGUUGCUCACCACUUCGAUGGUGUGUUCAUCUCCAACGGUCCCGGUGACCCAACUCAUUGCCAGGACACUGUCUACCAUCUUCGGAAGUUGAUGGAGACCUCCCAAGUCCCGAUCAUGGGUAUCUGCCUGGGCCACCAGCUUUUGGCCCUUGCUGCUGGGGCCCGAACCAUUAAGCUUAAGUAUGGUAACCGAGCCCACAAUAUCCCUGCCUUGGAUCUCACAACAGGAAAAUGCCAUAUCACGAGUCAGAAUCAUGGCUAUGCGGUUGAUGUUUCCACCCUACCCCCGGACUGGAAACCUUACUUCAUUAACUUGAACGACAAUUCCAAUGAAGGUCUGAUCCAUGCAUCUCGGCCGAUCUUCUCUACCCAAUUCCAUCCCGAGGCCAAGGGAGGUCCGCUUGAUUCUUCUUACUUGUUCGACAUGUACCUGGACAACGUGCAGAAAUAUAAGCAGAGUCAGUCCGCUUUCCAACCCCAACGAGAGAGCAGUCCUAGUCCAUUGCUGGUGGAUCUGUUGGCCAAGGAGAGGGUGGGCGUUGAGCUGACCCAAGGGAUCCGAAACAUGAUGGCCUCUAAGAGCCAAGAGAGCACAGAGCCUGAGAGGGUCUACGCUGCUGGUGCUGCAUGA